CCCCAGACAACAAAGACAGCAGUAAAACAGGCUGGCCCAGUGGUCAAAGGCAUCAUAUAUAAACUCACAGGCUCUGUCUGCAAACAUACACAGGGGGACAUUUCUCUCAGUCAACAGUCAAUCAGGUUGAUCAACGUGAAAGUGCUGACAUGAAGCUUGGGUUGCUUGUCGUGGUGGCUGUGGCAGUUUUGCUGCCCAGCUUUUCUGAGAGCCGGAUUGUCUCCAAAUGUGAGCUGAAAGACAAGCUCGGGAAAACGAUCGAUGUGCCCGGAAAAUCGAAGGAAAGAAUCUUGGCAAUAGUUAUCUGUGAAGUGGAACGGAGGUCUGAUCUGAACACCACUUUGGUCGAGUCAUUUGGAAAGUGCAUCCCUGCCACACCAAAGCCAACAGUGGCCGUAUCCCCCUCUGCAACAGGAGUUAACCAAAUGAGCACUGGAGCAGCCACACUGACAAACAACAAUUCAACAUCCACUAGCAUGACCAAUAGCACUACUGUUACUAACACUACUACUAGCCCUGCUAGUACUAACUCCACCAUUAGCUCAAUGAACACAAUUCUCGUGUCAAACAGCGCAGGUGUCGUAAAAAGACGAAAGCGGGAUGCUGACUCAAGCAGUCAUGAGCAGAGAAAGAAUAGUAAGGAAGGUGGCAGGGGGGAGGGAAAGGGGCAUGAUGAAGUGAGCAGUGAGGAGGAUACAGAACCCAAAAAUCUUUACGGGCUCUUCCAGCUGUCUGACAGGAAGUUCUGUGAUUCAGGGUAUUGCCCAUCUGAAAAUGUGUGUCAUACCUCCUGCACAGCAUUCACUGACAAUGACAUAACUGAUGAUAUUGCUUGUGUCAUCCAGACUGGAUACUGGAGGGAGAUUGAGAUGACAGCCUCAGAGUCAUGUCGUCGCACCUGGAAUUUCUUCAAAGAAUGUAACUAAAUGGCUGUGAGAUCACAGUUUGUACCUGCAGGAUCACAACUAUUUAUUCUUCAGAACCAUCUCCUGUUAGCUGUGAUCAAGAAACUGCAUGCUCCAUUACCUGCUAUAUAUUACGAAGCACUAUUUUCUUUCUUUGGUGGGGGAAUCUUUCAAUAAAUAUUACUUUGCAGCAUGAAUGUAUGUUCUCAUAGUAAUGCCAAAGCUCAUAUCCUGCUGCUCUUCUUAUCACAUGAGAUGAAGACCAGUGUAGGAAACAGAGUCCACCAAGCAUGACUCAGAAAAUGAUGUUAUUGGCCACAUAUGAAGCAUCCAAAUGUUCAUCAUGCAAACCAUAAAUGAUUCUCAUAUGAAAUAAAAAAAAUUAGAAUAAUCUAAGAUAUUUAUAAAGAACUACUUGUGAGCCUUAUUUUUGAUCAAAUUCUAAUACCCUCAACACAAAAAUUAAGUUUUUUUCUGCUUGCUCUAUAAGUUAGCAAAUUAAUAGUUUACAUCCAAAUGUAGACAGGUUUUGAUGCCAUGAAGAAGACAAAACUUAGUGGUUGUUGACUAAGAGAUUUCUAGCUAUAACUGGGGUGGCCCACCCAAACAUAAAGAAAAAUAGAUUAGAUAUCUUAGAAUAGAUAUUUACUUUUUAACUUAGGACUAGGUAGGUUAUGAUAGCUAUUUUCCCUUGAUAAAUUAAAUUAACAUUUAAAAACUACAACUAUGUUGUAUUUAGUCUGGUUAUUUUUAUUUAUUUAGUUAGUUUUUCAAUAUGUAGUGUGACAAAUAUGCAAAAGAAAAAAGAAAAAUCAGCUACUGGAGAACAGUUAAUGGGGAAAUUUGGAUACAUAAAUAGAUUAUUUGCUCAAUUUAUUUGUAAUAACAACACUUACCUGUAAAUCCACUUGAACAGAGGGCAAACAAUGUUUUUACAGGGAAGAGGAAAUAUUUGUACUGUAAACAAUUUUAAGUCAUGUGUAACAACAUCCAUUUAACAGGAAAGAAAUAUUUAUGCUGGAAACAACUGUUUUAAAAUCUCAAAUCUAAGAGACCAUUGCAUCAAUGAAAAAACCCCAGCAGAUCCAGGUCCUUGCGUAAGGAAAUUACUAAUGUAAUUACUGAUGGAAAUUGUGCCCAGUGUCAAAACCAUAAACUGGAUCAGAUUAAAACAUACCAUUUGU